AUCACAUGAGUGAUAUAUAAAUGUAACGAGAUGGCGUCUUAUUUAUUGGCGAGUAAAGACUCGUUAAAGAACACGACAUAAGAAGAUGACGGACAAGGGACCCGUAGUCAUGAUUGAUCCGUCGCAGUUGUUGAGACCGGAACCAACAUUUAACGACAAGCCAAUCCAGGCAUACCGUGACUAUACCAUUGAUGACACAGAUCCUAUUAAGGAGCGCGUGCGCAGAACAUACUACGCGAUGCACACCAAAAUGACCGUUGAUCUUGCUAAAGAAAAGCGUGAGAAAUGGUUAAAAUUCAACCACUUCAAGGCGACUGUGAAAGAGGCUCUUAUCCGUCUCAACGAGGUGGUGGACGAGUCUGAUCCCGAUCUGGACCUUCCCAACAUAGUACACGCGUUCCAGACUGCCGAGAGAAUUCGACAGGACCAUCCUAAUGAUGACUGGUUCCAUCUCAUUGGCCUAAUACAUGACUUGGGGAAGGUGAUGGCGCUGUAUGGAGAGCCGCAAUGGUGUGUAGUAGGAGACACGUUUGCUGUUGGUUGUAAGUGGGCCAAUGCCAUCGUCUACGGCCCAGAAAGCUUCAAAGAUAAUCCCGAUACUUACAACCCUAAGUACAAUACUCCACACGGUAUGUACAAACCUCACUGUGGUCUGGACAAUCUGAUGAUAUCAUGGAGUCACGAUGAAUAUCUGUAUCAAUUUCUUAAACACAACAAGAGUACGCUGCCUGAAAAAGGAUUGGUUAUGAUCAGGUACCACUCUUUUUAUCCAUGGCACUCCGGUGGAGAGUAUCGCCACCUUACUAACGAGAAGGACGAGGAAACACUUAAAUACGUCACAGAAUUCAAUAAGUACGACCUCUACACAAAAAGUGAAAAGAUACCAGACAUCGAAGCAUUGUGGCCGUACUACGAGAAACUUAUUGAAAAAUAUAUACCUGGUGUUUGCGAAUGGUAGAACUAUUAAUUUUAUUAUAUAUGGGAAUAAAAAGUAUUGUUACUUUGAGAAAAUAUUAAAAUAAAGUACCACCAAAGUAUUUAUUACUAUGUAGUUAUUUAUUGGUAAUUACGAAUUGAGUUAUAAUUUUUAAUGGUUGUUGUUUAUUAAGUCCUAAUUACUAUUUUCGUUUUAUCUAGAUUAAUUAACAUCUUCCUAAUGUACAUUAAGAAAGUGUUAAUUAAAUAAAAAUAAUUAGUUUGUUAUCAAUGGAUUAUGAUGUAAUUACAGUUCAAUUAUAGAAAUUAAGAAAAUAGUUACAAUAAAGGUAGUAUACGAUAAAAAAUACCCUUUGAUAAAUAAUUUUAUGAUGCUUAACAGAUUCGUUGGUACUCUAUAGUGUAUUCAAUAUAAUAUCUUUAUUAUUUUAUCUCAAUUCACGUAAUAAUGUAAUUAUGUAUAUCGUUAUUACGUUUUAUUAUUUGCGGUAACCCUGAACCUUUAAGAUAACCAUAAUAAAGGUCGCAUUUGUUUAUGAUUUUUUUUAUUUGGCAAAGUAGUGUAAAUACUUCUUUAAUUGUUACAAAUCCGAUAAACAAGAAUGUAUAAAUAUACCACGAAACACAUUUGUAUUCCUCAAGUAACAAUAGAAAAUAAAUCAGACAAAGUUAAGAUUAUAUCAUUGAUAAAGUAGUUCUAUGCAUAUCUAUUGUUAUGUUUUGAAAAAGCAAGUUUCGUAGAUAAUAAAAGAUGAAAGCACCAAUAAAC